UCCCUGCGCACGUCCCCGCCCUCCACUGCCGGUACCAUCCAACAGCGGCCCGACCUCGCCGGUGGCGCCAACCAGGUUGCGCACGCGCAGAUACCGGAAGAGCAGCGGGAUGUGGCCCUGGUACAUAUGACAAGCACAACCGCUUCUUGUUGCUGCCAGUCGGCACUCCUCCUCCUCGCCCCACCACUAAGCCUCGGGGUUCGGCUUUGGCUCCAGUUCCCGCACCUGGUCUCCCGCUCCCAGCUUUCUCCAGCUCCACGGCCACCCUCACCACAGAUAUGUGUAGCCCGAAAGCCGUAAAGUGUCGCGACUUCGUGCUUUUUGCCUUUUUCACGUCUUAGUUUCCUCCGAUUUUCCUUUUCUAGGUUCCUGAGUUGAACGCUUAAUUAUUUUUUCCUGUAUGUGUUUUAAAUAAAUGCACUUAGCCAUACUUCCCAUUGCCUCCAGCUGUUGCACCGAGGUUUCACAUCAUAUUUCCAGAAGGCUUCUGGAAAGAGUGAAUACAUGUCGCAUUCAGAGAGCUGAUGGGGAUUGUGACUUGGCUGCUGUCAUCCUUCAUAUCAAGCGCAGAAGAAUCUGUGUCAGCCCACACAGUCAUAAUAUUAAGCGGUGGAUGAAAGAACAAGCAUCCAAGAAAAAUGCUAAAGGCAACAUUUGCCAUAAGAAGAAACACCACAGCAAGAGGAACAGUAAAGAGGCACGUCAUAGGAAACAUGAAACACAUGGCCAUGAAAAUCCCUAUUAGAGAGUUUACGAGUGAAUCUACACAGACGAUUCCUGAAGCGAACUUGGCCAUGGUUGGUUAUAAAGUUAUCAUGUGAAUGUUCCUUAUUGGAAGCCAAGAGGGCAAAACAAAAUAUAUAUUUUUAAAAGGAACAAUUAUACAGUAUGCAAAUGUAGCCAAUAAUAUACUCAACUGAAAAAUGAAAUGAAAGGAUAAUACAGUCAUGCGCCGCAUAACGACGUUUCUGUCAAUGAGGGACCACAUAUACGACGGUAAUCCCAUAAGAUUAGUACCGUGUUGCCUAGGUGUGUAGUAGGCUAUACCAUCUACGUUUGUGUAAGUACACUCUAGGAUAUUCGUGUCAUAAAAUCACCUAACAAUGCAUUUCUCAGAACGAAUCCCCAUUGUUAAGCGAUGCAUGACUGUACUUAUCUUCAUAUGGUGUUUUAAGAGUAGCAUACAGACAUAAUUUCUCCAACUUUUUUAUUAUGAAGUUUUCCAAACCUACAAAGAAGUUGAAAGAAUGGUACAGUGAACGCCUGUAUACCUUUCACUUAAAUUAAUCAUUGUUAAUAUUUUGCCACAUUUGUUUUCUCUCUCCUCUCUUUGUAUGUGUGUAUAUAUAAAACAUUUUAUAUAUAUGUAACAAUAUAUAAUUUUUUUUCUAAACCAUUUGAAAAUAAGUUGCAAACAUCAUACUACUUCAUUCCUAAAUUUUUUUUAGUGUUACAACUUGGCGUCCCUCAAGAAUAAAGACAUUUUCUAUAUAAUCGCAUUAUCAGCUUUAUACCUAAAAAAUUAACAGUUUCAUCAAAUAUAUUAUUCUCAUCUAAUAUAU